AUGUUUGGCUCGACGACCAACACGUCCUCGACGCUCGGUCGAUCAGCCAGCUUCAGCUUCUCCCAACCUCCCGCAACAAAACCAUUCGCCGGCACAUCGGGCGGCUUCUCCUUUGGCGGCGGCGGCGGCGGCGCGGCGUCCACACAACCACAACCACAGCAACAGCAGCAGCAGCAGCAGCCAUCGACCGGAUUCAGCUUCGGCGCUGCUGCUCCCAAACCUGCCGCCGCUGGAGGAGGAGGAGGUCUGUUUGGAUCCACGACCAACAGCGCGGCACCCAACACCUCUCAGCCCACCACCACCGGCGGGCUGUUUGGCAACACCACCACCACCACCACCGGCGGCGGCGGGAGCGGCCUCUUUGGCGCCGCAUCGACCAACAAACCCGCCACCACCUCCGGCUUCAGCUUUGGCGCAUCCACCUCGACCCAGCAGCCCCAGCAGCCGCAGCAGCAGCAGCAAGGCGGCGGCGGACUCUUUGGAGCGUCGACCAGCUCAAACACCGGCCUCUUUGGUCAGAGCCAAUCCGGCUUCCAACCCGGCGGAUCCCAGCAGCCUUUCGGCCAACAGCAGCAGCAGCAGCAGCAGCAGCAGGGACAGGUCGCCGCAUCUCCCUUUUUCCGCUUCGCAUACCAGCAAAGGGAACGCUACAACGACCUGCCCGAAGACGCCAGGAAGCUCGUAGAGGAGCUCGACAAGCACAUCUCGACGCAGCUCCAGAUCAAGGACGAGCUCAAGACCAAAGAUUUUGGCGUCGAGAUCCGUAAAUGCGCUGCAGAGUGGCAGGAACUCGACUCGGCGCUGACCUCGCUAGCAGCGACGCUCGAACUCGACAGCUCGCAGUCGCGCGACGUGGCCGAACGCAUCGAGCGCGACCGGGCCGACCAGGCCACGCUGUACGCCAUUGCAUCCAACGCCCGCGAGGGGCGCAGCGACGGCGCCGGCUUUGUAGAGUGGCUCCAGACCUACUUUGGCCACCUGGCCGACGACUUCCAGCGACGCAUCCAGAGGUACCGCAACGGCAUGGAGACCGUCGAGCGGCACCUGGCCGGGUUGGAGAGGCGGGAUACCUUUACCCCGCAGGCGAUAUCGGAUACGAUCCAGGCGCAGCACGCGUCGUUUAUGGCGCUGGCCAACCAGGUAGCCUCGCUCCACGCCCAGGUCGACACGCUCAAGCGAGACUAUGCCAGGUGGUACCAGCAGACGCACAAGAGCUACCGCGACCCCUUUGCAUCCAUGUCCCAACUCGCCGGCAGCAUCAACCCCUCGUCGCCGUCGCCGUCGUCGUCGUCGGCGGCGCCGCCAUUGUGA